CCGCCGCCGCUGCGGCUGAGCCUGGAGGCGGUGUGCAGCGCGGAGUCGCUCGACACGGCGGAGGUGUCGCAGCGCGUGCGCGAGCUGCUGUCGUUGCACAACAUCGGGCAGCGGCUGUUCGCAAAGUCCGUGCUCGGGCUGUCGCAGGGCACCGUCAGCGAGCUGCUCUCGAAGCCCAAGUGCUGGGAGAAGCUGACGGAGAAGGGCCGCGAGUCCUACCGCAAGAUGCACUCGUGGGCGUGCAGUGAGGCGAACAUCAUACUGCUCAAGUCGCUGACGCCGAAGAAAGCUAAGGAGCUGAGUCCGCCGGCCGCUCAGAAGGAUGACUCAGCGACGGAGGAACGGAUAGCACAGAUACUCAACGAUGCUCAGAGACAGAUGAAGACCAGUCCGCUGUGUCUGCAGAACCAGGACAAACAAGAGAACGGUGGCAUGAGCUCGGCGAUGGUCAGCUCCAUCUACCAGCAGGAGCUCGCAAAGAUCAUCCACCAGCAGAGGUCGCCACCGCCCUCGUGCGGCGGCGGCAGCGGCGGCGAGGAGCGAAACAAGCGCAGCCACAGCGAGGACCUGCUCACGUCGCACGACAUGGUCAUGCGCAUCUACCAGGAAGAGCUCGCCAAGCUCGGCCAGCCCUACCCGUCGCCGCGCGCGUUCUCCUCGCCGCCGGGGGGCGCCACCUCCACCUCCGCCGCCGCCGCGAGCCCGAACGUGAAGACGGAGCCCGUCGACGCGGCGGACUGCGACGCGGCGCCCCUCUGCGGCCACGAGGGGGCGCUGCGGCACGCGGGCAGCGCGUUCUCGCUCGUGCGUCCGCGCGCCGACGCGAAACCGGCCGACGUGUCGCCGCUGCAGCGCAUGCAGUCGAUCGCGAACUCGCUGAUGCAGCAGCAGAUGGCGCUGCCGGCGCAGCGGCCGCUCAAAGCCGUGCUACCGCCCGUCACGCAGGAGCAGUUCGACAAGUACGGCACGCUGAACACGGAGGAGAUCGUGCGGCAGAUCAAGGAGCAGCUGUCGCAGUACUCGAUCAGCCAGCGUCUGUUCGGCGAGACGGUGCUCGGCCUGUCGCAGGGGUCCGUCAGCGACCUGCUCGCGCGGCCGAAGCCCUGGCACAUGCUGACGCAGAAGGGCCGCGAGCCGUUCAUCCGCAUGCAGAUGUUCCUCGAGGAGGAGAACAGCAUUCCGCAGCUGCUCGCGAACCAGUACAAGAUCCAGCCGGACAAGUUCACGCGCUCGAGCAUCGCCUCCAUGCAGCACCACUUCACGCCGAAGAACAACAUAAUCUGCGAACCCAUCCUACAGCCCUCCAAUCUACACUACACUCACCACCACACCGCUCAAAAGAUGUCAGCACCGGUCAUCAAGACUGCACCGCCCGCAGAGUCGCCGUCCGCCGACGCAGCCACCAGCAGAGGGCAGCAGCAGCAGCAGCCGCCGCCGCCGCCGCCGCCGCCGCAGCAGGCUACCGUCCAGCCGUCCGUGUUUGAGCUGGCGGCGCUCACGACGGACCUCGACACCCACGUCAUCACGAGCCGCAUCAAGGAGGUGCUGGUCGCGAACAAUAUCGGGCAGAAGCUGUUCGGCGAGGCGGUGCUAGGCCUGUCACAGGUGCGCAUGAAGCGCAAGCGCACGCUCUACGACCCGAUCGACGCGUCAGCCGCCGCGGCCGCAGCCGACGCCGCCUCGUCGCUCGCCGCCAAGAAGCCGCGCAUCCUCUUCACGGACGAGCAGAAGUACGCGCUGAAGGCGGCCUACGCGCACGACCCCUACCCGUCGACGCAGACGAUCGAGGGCCUGGCGACGUCUCUGCGGCUCAGCACGCGCACGGUCGUCAACUGGUUCCACAACCACCGCAUGCGGCUGAAGCAGCAGCUGCCUCACCGGCCGUCGAGCGCCGAGGAGAGCGGAUCGCGGCUCGGCGACUCCUCCGAGGACCUCUCCAACCUGUCGGGGGCCGACGGAGGAGGCGAAGGAGGAGGAGGGGGAGCGUACCUCGCCGAGUACGGAGGAGGGGGAGGGGCGGCGGGAGGAGGGGGCGAGGGGGAGACGUCGCAGUGGCUGUUCCCGUCGUUCCAGCGCGUCGACAACGGCGGUCGCCGCGACGACGACAAGGGCGCCACCGGCGGCUCGACGAGCGACUCGCUGAGCGCGCAGACGUCGCCGGUGAAGGACGAAGACGUGCCGAGCUCGCCAGAGGGCGCCGGCGGCUGCGGCGGCGGCGUCAACGGCGAGUGGAAGGACGCCGGCGGCGGCGGCGACGAGAGGAAGUGGACGACAAGCGAGCAGCCGAGCGAGAUCAUCAACGGCGUCUGCAUCCGGCAGACGAGCGCGCUGCUGCUCAACGGCGGCUGCGACGUGGCGGUGGCGCCCCCUGGCCUCGGCAAGGCGGCGACGAUGAGCAUCGAGAACGUGCAUCUGCAGCAGAUCGAGCGACUCAACCGCUCGAUCAUCGACCUCGUCGAGGGCGGCAAGCCGCCGACGCCCCCUGGCAGCGAGACGCACAGCUCGUUGAGUCGGCCCGGCUCGGCGUCGUCGUCAGAUGGCCGGACGAUCGAGGCGGCGGCGGAGGACUGGGACGAGCCGCAGGUGAAGAAGCUCGAGCAGGAGACGAACAUCGAGAAGAUGCAGCAGAGCAUCGCGCAGCAGCCCGAGGAGGAGGAGUGGGAGUUCUGA